CAUAAGGUAAAUCGAAAAGGGUCGAUAUAUUAUCUUUGUGUUUAAACUAGCUCAUAUUGAAGUAGGUUGCUUAAUUCACAAACGUGCUCUGGGCAGGGAAGAGAGAUAACAAAUUGUUAAGGAUAGAUUGUGUAACAAACUAAAGCUUCCUGAAUAAACAACUACAGCGCCGGGAGCAAGGUAUCAAUCAAUGAUGUUACUCGUUAGAAAAUUGGUCAAAACAACAACGUCGCUUCGACUUUGCGACCGCUGAUUAGUUUCACGGAAUUGAUUUAUCUACACGCGGACCCCACCGAGUGACUGCAAAUGCGACAGUCGCAAAAUGAGUCAGAAAAAGGAACACAUACUGCCCAUUCUGAGACCAAGACCAUUCAGGCCGUCGAGAAAUUUAAACACAAAACACAUUGUACCUGUACAUAGAAUCGGUGAAUCACGGACGGGAAUAAGUAUCCAAGAUCAGGAAAGUCAACCAUUGCCUGCUGUUGCUGAAGGGACGAGUGUUGACACAGACAACGAUCGGAGAGACCCACCUGCUGGGCCGAGUACCAAUACAGGCAAAGAUGCAAAUACCCAUAUAUCUUCAAGCAAUGCCGAAAGCACACACAGCGAUAGUCAUGACAACCUUAGUAGAGGAGCUAAGGUAAAGGAUGACAAAUCCGACAGUGGUAUUGGUAUUGAUCCGGAAACUGUUGAAAACAACUUAAGACUCAGUAAAAAGGAUUCUGACAGCGCAUUACUUCGUACCGGCGCAGAAGACAAAGGCGGCCACCAAGAAGACAAAGACAAUGAACAUAAAGGACAAAGUGAUGAUGACCAAAAGGGCAUUGACAGUGGACCAAAGCCAACGGGUCGUGAAAAAAAGACGACGGAAGAGAGAUGCGAAGGAAAUACCGAUCCAUCACGAAGGUCUCUGAGGAAAAAACAUAAUUUUUUCAAAUUUUUUCAGCCGUCAGACAAAGCUUCACGGCCCAUGGUUACCCCAGCACCUCAACCCAAGCCUAAGAAACCCCAUCCCACUGUCCAGCCUGCUCAGCCUGCUAUGUCUAAACCAGGGCCUCCCAAGCUGCCAGAUACAGGGCCAGUGAUAUCUGCUGAGCAAGACAAACCAGAACCGGCAAAAGGAGUGUUCACCAAGCCAGCUUUGAGAAGCACACCAAAGUCGGAAAGGAAGUCAUAUGAGUCUGAUCACAGUGAGAAACCAGUCUUUAAUGUUCCUCUGAAGAAAGCUGCUAAGCCUGAUUUAAAGCAGAGUCAUGAAUCACCUAAACACCUGUUUGAGACGCCUACAUUGAAAAGCACUGAGCGUAAAAUAACAACUGCAGAUGAACAUGACAAUGAUAACACCAACUUAAGUGCUCCUCCUAACAAUGACAAGGCAUUUGAUAAACCUGGUCUUCGACAAACAAAAACAAGAAAUGAUUCAGCAGAUGAUUUACCAGUAUCAGGGUUCACAUUUGAAAAACCUCCAUUAAAAUCUGCUGUAUCACCUGGCAAUACUAGAGAAAAACCAGACAACAUAUCAAGCGGUAUGUUCGAAAAGCCUGUGCUAAAACGGGCAACACCAUCUCCAGAAAAAGAAGUGAAACCAGCUACCGAGGCCAAGGGAACAUUUGACCUUCCAGUGCUGCGGAAAACCGGGUUUGUGAGUCAAGCUGAAAAGGACAGACAGGAACAAGAAAAGCCUUCUUGGUUGCAGGAGGCUGCUGAAAAGCAGUCAAAAGUCCUUGAUGGCUUGCAGUCGAAAGACACAAAGCCCGUGGAGAAGGCGGUUGUGCGUUACUCCUACGAUGGGGAGAAUGAGGAUGAGUUAUCCCUCACUGAGGGGGAGAUAAUCAACGUGCUGGACAAGGGUCUAGAGGACAGUGACUGGUGGCGCGGUGAUCUCAACGGUCGCGUCGGAGUCUUCCCCGGCAGCUUGGUGGAGCUAAUCAAGGAAGAGCCGUCAGACAAAGCUUCACGGCCCAUGGUUACCCCAGCACCUCAACCCAAGCCUAAGAAGCCCCAUCCCACUGUCCAGCCUGCUCAGCCUGCUUUGUCUAAACCAGGGCCUCCUAAGCUGUCAGAUAUAGGGCCAGUGAUAUCUGCUGAGCAAGACAAACCAGAACCGGAGAAAGAGGAGAGGCAGCCGACUGUGCCCAGAAAGAAGCCGUUUUUCCCAUACCCACCCCUUAACAAGAAACUCACGACAAACAUACACCUCAAAGACAUAGAGAACAUGGAUGACGGUAAACAUGGUCGGUCAUUGGAGCAGGAUGAAAAGCUCUUAGGUAUAUGUACAAGCUUCGGCAGAAAGUCACAACAAUUAAAGGAUGAAUGUGAAAUUAUUUGUAAACGUGUUAGGAAGAUUACAGAAGUUUUGAAUGUCUAUGCUGCUUUUCAAGAGACUGAUGAAUCCAUCGUUAUUUUCAUCGUAAGUGUAAACGCUGUAUCGGAUGAAAUUUCAAAGAAUCUUACGAACCUUGGCAUUCGUUUUAUUGUGAAACAACUGGAUUUUAACAAGUCUUUAAUUUCUAAUGCAAAGUCAUCUGUUGCAUUUCAAAUGAAAGACAGUGAAGUUGAAUUGAUUCGGACAUGCAUUUCGAAUAAUGCAGAUCUUUUAAUGGCGAAACAUAAGUAUCUGAGUAUUGUAGAAGGCUGCUGCCAUAAACGUGAGUGCGGCAUCGCUAUUGAUUCAAGCGCAUGCAAAUAUGAACCAAGACUGGCUCUUUAUGUUCUUGCAAAGGGAUAUAUACCAAUUGAUGAAGAUCCUUUUGAAAAAUCAUAUGUUGGUAUACAAGUUGAAGUUAGAGAAGGGGUUUUCGUCCCAUUUGUAAAGACAUCCAAUGAGUAUCAUGAUCAUGUACGUAUGGGUUGUGCGAUUGAGCGUCAUUUGAAAGGCACUCUUGGUUUGUUUAUUGAGCACAAUAUAUACGGUCUUUGCGGCUUGACGUGUGCUCAUGCUAUGCUGUCAAAGGAAGAACAUGAAAGAUGUAAACAAACCAAUGGACGAAUUCACUCUGAGUUAUUGUUAAAUGAUUGUGAAGUUUACCAACCAGAACGUCCGCACGGACUAGGAAGCCUUGUGGAGGCAAUAUACAAAGAAGGCAACUGUUCUCAAACAGGAAUUGACAUCGCCCUUGUGGAAAUUAAACAACGUCAUCCAAUCGAUGGCAAAUUUCCAAGCAGUAAAGACGGAAUCAACAGCGAAUCCACAGAGAUCAAUUUUGAAUUUGCAUCAGGAAAAGCACUUACACCAAGUUUAAACAAUGGUCGCUGUUGCAAAUUUGGGCAAUUCUCGGGUUAUACGGAAGGCACAUUGAUCAACAAGGAACAAAACAGUGUCGCUAGAGACGUCUUAGAGGUUCUCGGAUAUAAAUUUGUUAUAUACAAUCAAUUAAACGUGAAGUCAUCCACACACUUAUUUGCAAAACCGGGUGAUUCGGGUUCACCCGUGUUCGUCAAAGACGGUGAUGGCGAACCGGCAUGUAUAGGAAUUGUCGUUGGAGGAAGAACAUGCGAUGGCGUUGUUUAUGUAACCCCUAUAAAUACAAUUUUACAGGAAUUGGGCAUUUCACAACUGAAGUCUUUCGUUGCUAAUCGUUUCGAAAGAUUGGAAGCAAAAGUUAAUUCAAUUGAUCAAAAACUCGAUUUUUUAAUAACGAAACUGACAUCAAGCACAUGAACACAGUAAGCUACCGGCAUGUUAAAUGCAUGUUUAAUGUUGUAUGUAUACUUACAUUGUAUGUUAUUAUUUGUACGGUAUAUAUCAUUAUUUCGGGCUCUAAUUCAGUUUUCCCAUGGAUGUAACGUUGUUAUCAAUAUUGACCCGAAACGUCGAUGUUAUUGUUUUGGAUAGUUACCGGUAAGUAUAAUUUACAAACAUACACAAUGAACAAUUACAUUUCUAACCAAACUUAAUCGCGUUUUGCAUAUCGGGAUUUCAAAAUCCUUAUUGAGUCAGUAAUCAUUUAUGUUGUGAUUUAAACAUAAAUUUGAUUUCGUUGAUUAAAACACGUACGGUUGUAAACAAGUAACGUCUGCUGGGCAUGCACAUAAAUGAGCUUAAUAUUUGUCAUUUAAAUGCACUUUUUGUAAAUUCUAAAUUAGAAUCUGUCUUGUUCAAGUUCGAAAUAAGACUAUUUCUUGUUUAUUCGAGUUUAACUGAUAUCUGUUAUUGGGGCAGUAUGGAUUGACUUUCCUGCUUGAAAAUAUGCUUUGUUUGUACAAAAAGUGUGAAGAUACUUCACAACCGUGCAACACGUGUCAUGACGGACAUUGAUACAAAUGACAAGGGUGGAAGUUACGAUGUCACUGUCAAUGUUUGACUGAAAGGGAAAAAUGACGAAGUCAUGGUUUUGUCAAAAUCGGUUCGUGGAGCAAUAACUACGUCAGAUAAAAGCAAGUACGCUGAUAAAGCCCCAUUAAUAAAUUAUUUAGCGUGCGCUUGAAAAACACGAUUCGAACAACACAUGUAUUAUGGUAUGCCUUCGUAGCAUUCAACGCACAUAAAAUGCUUUCGUUAAGCGAAUCACAACCAUUGGGUCAUACGCAAUGAGUGGCUCGUAUAAAUUUGAUUAUUAUGAGAGGGAUGCAUGCGAACCGCCUGAAAAAGUUGAAUUGUUUGCUUUCGAAUCGUUUACUCGUGCGGUAAAUGAAAACAUUAGCCUGUUAGCGAGUCUAUCAACGCAUUUAAACUUGUUGAGGUUUAUGAUAAAAGCGUUGAUAAAACUCUGUCUGACAGAGUGACUGACAUUUUUAGCACGACUAUUAUAUAUGAAAUAUAUAUAGUGGAGCUAUCCUACUCACCCCGGCGUGGGCGUUAGCGUGAGUGUCUGCGUGAGCGUUGGGAUGUCCCUUCACAUAUUGCUUUCGUGUUUUGAAUGCUUCUUUACCAACAUGACCCCAAUCUAUAAACAAGAGCAGACAGCUGUAUCAAGCAUUUUGUAAAGAUGAUGGCCCUUUUUUCUCUUAGAAUAAGCAUAGUAUUGAUAAAUAUAUGCUAAUGUUUGCGUACCACCUCAAACACUUUCUAUGUCCCUUGACAUAUUGCUUUCAUAUUUUACAUACUUCUUUACCAACAUGACCCCAAUCUAAACAAGAGCAGACAGCUGUAACGAGCAUUUUGUAAGAAUUAUGGGCCUUGUUCCACUUAGAACAUGCAUAUUAUUGAUAAAUCUAUGUUAAAGUUUGUGUACCGCCUUUCCACUUAGAAUAUGCAUAUUAUUGAUAAAUCUAUCUUAAAGUUUGUGUACCACCUCCAAUAUUUUCUAUGUACCUUGUAAUAUUGCUAUUAUAUUUUGCAUACUUCUUUACCAACAUGACCCCAAACUAUAAACAAGAGCAGACAACUGUAUCAAGCAUUUUGUAAGAAUUAUAGUCCCUUUUUAUACUGAGAAAAUUGAAAAUUGGUAAAGUUUUGUGUUUAGGUUCACUUUUUUUCUAAAGUAUCAAAGGGACUGUGCAGGCAAAGUUAUGUAACUCUGACUGGUAUUUUGACAGAAUUAUGGCCCCUUUUAUACUUAGUUAAUUGAACAUUUGGUUUAGUUUUGUUUACAAACAUAUAAAAGGGCAUGAAAGAGUUUACGGAUGAGUGGAUGGUCCGUUCAUCCCGGAGAUGUUCAUCAUCAACAGAGACGUAUCUACGUCUCUGACAUCAACUAGGAAAAAAGUUGGAAUGAUGACGGGAUUUGCAUCAUUAAGUGUAAUCCCUGGUGCUUCAAACUGCGAGAGAGCGCUUGCAUGGACGCCUAUUGUUCGUGUUGUUGAAACUGAUGUUACAUAUGCAUGUUCAUCGUAUUAUGCUUAUUUUUCUAAUUUGGGUUUAAAUUUCGGUUUAAUGACUGCAUUAUAAAAUAACCUAUUUACGCAAAAUUACGAUUUUAACACCUUCAAAUCACAACGUUGAGUAUGAUCGAGUUAAGAUUAAUUCCGAAAAGUCUGUCUGUAGUCCAUUUCUUCGAAUUUCAAUUGAGAAAAAUGCGAGCCUUUUUGUCGUUU